UUGGAUUCCCAGGUUGGAAGAUUAUCUCACGCAGAAGAAGUUUUUGCAAAGAUAUAUAAACUAACAGAGCUUGGCGUGUCUCAGUCAAGUUGCCUUGGAGGGUAAAGGCAUCUUUCUUGAGAGGAAUACUCCACUGUACCAUCUGCUUUUGAUCAACCAACAGCCAUGAUGAUGAUGCUACUGGUAGAAGAUCUGAUGACAGGCAAAAAGACAGAAGGUAGAGAAACAGGGGAUUUCCUUCCGGAGGACUUCAAAGAUGGAGAAUAUGAAGCUACAGUAAGAUUAGAGAAACAAGAAGACCUGAAGACGGUCAUUGAUCCCUCAGUAACACAGCGCACUCUGACUUACCAAGAAGAGAAGGAGCUGCAAGCUGAGCUCAAGAAAAAGAAACUAGAGGCAAGAACCAAGCUUGACAAUUUGGAAGACCUUGAAAAAAUCAUCACUCUUAAGAAAAGGAAAAAAGUGAAGAAGGUCAAGGCUCCAGUGGAGAAGGAACCCAAGGAGGAAGUUAUAACAGGACCUGUGGAUGUUCCCACGUUUUUAAAAGCUGCCUUGGAGAACAAAAUGCCAGUGAUCGAAAAGUAUUUAGCAGACAAAGGAGACCCAGAUGCUUGUGAUGAGUACAGGCGUACAGCCUUGCACAGGGCAUGCUCACAAGGACAUCUGGAAAUUGUGGAAAAGUUAGUAGCAGCUGGGGCUCAACUUGAAUUCCAAGAUAUGCUCGAAUCAACGGCUAUUCAUUGGACGUGUCGAGGUGGAAAUGUAGAAGUCCUGAAAUUCCUCUUAAACAAAGGGAUAAACCGAAAUGCCAAAGACAAGUUGCUCAGCAGUCCUUUGCAUGUGGCAGUGAGGACAGGCCAGUAUGAAUGUGGAGAACAUCUCAUUGCAUGUGAAGCAGAUCUGAAUGCCAAAGACAGAGAAGGUGAUGCUCCAAUGCAUGAUGCAGUGAGAUUAAAUCGAUAUAAAAUGAUUCGACUCCUGAUUCUCUAUGGGGCUAACCUGAAUGUAAAGAACAUUGAAGGGAAAACUCCGAUGGAUCUUGUUCUACAGUGGCAAAAUGGCACCAAGGAAAUCUUCAACAACCUGAAGGAGAAUGCUUACAAGAAUUCUCCCAUAGACACGUUCUGAAAACCAGAUUGAAAGCUUCAGGGAAUGAUUGCUUCUUUGUAGAUGGCACAGUUAUCAGAGUGAAGAACAAUGUGAAGAACAGUUCCUGGAUACGUGAUGCCAUCUUUGCCUCAUCGAGCUAGUGUUUUUGCCUUUGGAAUAAGUCUGAGGACAAAAGGUUCAAAGGCAUGGCUUGAAUGUUACAAUUCCACUGGUUUCAAGGUUUCCUUUUUUUUUAAAUUAAUUCCUAUUUAUAUCUUGUAUUCCAUUAUUCCCUUUUUCUUGGAUGACGUUUCUUUGGCUGUUGUUUCUCUGGUGAUCUUUCAAAACGUCCUGUUGAUACUAGAGUUGUAGAAGGUUGCUGAGGUGAUAAUCAGCCAAAAGCAUUUAUACAAGACAAUCACGUUUCUGAAUGUAUUAGCAGCUUCACAAGCUUCUCUCCUCCCAACUUAACCCCAACAUAAUUAAUUUUUAGGUGUCACCCAAAAUUUCUGCUGAAUUGUUAUUAUCAGAGUAAACUGUUAAAAGCCAAAGAAUGGGGGCAGGGGAACAGAGGUAUGGAAAGCAACGACAUUAGAAAGGAACAGCGGAAGUAGAAUGAAAAAAGGAACAGAUCUGGGUUAUUUUAAAGUUUAUUAAGAGUAGACCAGUUUUACUCAAAAUAGCGGACAAUGAACUAUAAAGUUCAAAGUGGAAUGUUACAUAAAGGAAGGUGUUGAAGUGAAGUAGAAGAAAAUGCAAUUAUUUUUACAUGCUAGGUAAUGGAAGAAAAGUUAUGUAUAUUUGUAGGGCUUUUUAUGUACAUUUUGUAUUAAAUUCCCUUUAAGAUUUAAAAUAAGAGAAUGGUUUGUUCUGCCUGAAUACUUUAUUUGUCUGAAGAUUGUUAUGUUCCAUCAGCUAACAAAAAAAUGCUGGCCAAUUCUCAGAUAAGUGUUAGAGGUUAUAAAUAAACUAUGAAAAAACUUUACCUUCUCAAAUCAGAUGGCCAACGGUCAAAAUUAUUGACACUGACUAGAUCAAUAUUUUGCACCAAACUAUGAUACCAUUUGUUUAGCUCUGGCUUAGUAUUUGAGGUAAAUUGUGGUACUAUACCAUCAUUACUGGCUUAAGAACAUGAACAAAGCCAAUAGUCAUACAUUCAUAAAGUUUAAGUAAACCAUGGCUAGCCACCAUGAGAGGCUACUAAAUACUGCAGAGUGUAAUUAUGAGUGGUAAAAACCCACAGCAGUUUUGAAUGAGUGCUGAAUGAAAGCAGGGUGAAUACACGAUGAGUGACUAGUAACCAGUGUGAAAGCAGCAGGUUGAGAUGGUUUGGCCAUAUAGAAAGAAUGAAUUGCAUUUGAAUGAAUGUGUAAGUUGAGGUGAAGACCAAUAAAAGGAGCCGUGGCAGCAGGUUAGAAUGCUGUAUUACAGGCUAAUUCUGCUGACUGCAAGCAGUUCAAUUCUAACUGGCUCCAGGUUGACUCAGCCUUCCAGCCUUCUGAGGUUGGUAAAAUG